AUGAAUCACUCGCCUCUCCUAACCUAUCUAACCAUAUCCCUUUCCUAUGCUAUCCCAAUCUUAAUCGCUGUAGCUUUUCUCACACUAGUAGAACGAAAAGUCCUAAGUUACAUGCAAGCUCGCAAAGGUCCAAACAUUGUAGGACCCUUCGGACUCCUACAACCCGUAGCAGAUGGAGUAAAGCUGUUUAUCAAAGAACCAGUACGCCCCUCUACAUCCUCUCCACUCCUAUUCAUCAUAACCCCUAUACUCGCCCUCCUACUAGCUAUCACAAUCUGAAUUCCCCUGCCCCUUCCAUUUCCCCUUACAGACCUAAACCUCGGCCUCCUAUUCCUCCUAGCUAUAUCAAGCCUAGCAGUUUACUCAAUCCUAUGAUCAGGAUGAGCCUCAAACUCAAAAUAUGCCCUAAUCGGAGCAUUACGAGCAGUAGCACAAACCAUCUCCUACGAAGUUACACUAGCAAUCAUCCUACUAUCAGUAAUUAUACUAAGCGGAAACUAUACCUUAAAUACUCUAGCCACAACCCAAGAACCCCUAUACCUAAUCUUCUCCUCCUGGCCCUUAGCAAUGAUAUGGUAUAUCUCAACCCUUGCUGAAACAAACCGAGCCCCCUUCGACCUUACUGAAGGGGAAUCUGAAUUAGUAUCCGGAUUCAAUGUAGAAUACGCUGCGGGCCCAUUCGCAUUAUUCUUCCUAGCCGAAUACGCCAACAUUAUACUAAUAAACACUCUAACCGCUAUCCUAUUCCUAAAUCCAAGCUCCCUCAACUCCUCCACUGAGCUAUUUCCAAUCAUCCUCGCCUCAAAAACCCUCCUACUUUCCUCAGGCUUCCUAUGGAUCCGCGCCUCAUACCCUCGAUUCCGUUAUGACCAACUCAUACACCUACUAUGAAAAAACUUUUUACCACUAACACUAGCACUUUGUCUCUGACACACCAGCAUGCCAAUCUGCUAUGCAGCCCUUCCUCCUCAUUCAAGG